UUUAAUGGAACAUAAUUUUAUUUCGUUUUGUGAAUUUACAUUUACCAAUGCAUUAUGUGUUUGAUAUGUAAAUCGCAAGCAUUUACAAGCUCUUUUUGUUAGUAGAUUACGUACACUGAACUUCGGUCGUUUUUAAGUAUACUGUGAAUUCAGCAAACUUGCUUACUAAUCAGCGGUUGCGAAUUUUACCUGCCCAUUCAUUGUGAUUGUGGCAAGAAGCGAGGUUGUUGUAUUAUUUCUAUAGGACGCUGGCGACUUUUGAAAAGUUUACUACUAUUGCUGAAAAUAAUAAAUUUAUCUUUUCGACUGUUAAGUCAACUUUAAAGCGUGUAGACAAAUAUAUUGAACAAUUGAAAUAAAUUUGAAGGAAGCUCUCGGUUUAUUGCAUAAGGCGGUGCAGCUAAAGCUGUAACAGCUUAAAACUGGAGAAACAAAAUCGUGUGAAACUGAUUCGAGACAAAAUGGUCCUGGCGGAGAGAAAUUCAGAACUGGUACGCAAUGGAAGACGAUCACGCGGUCCCAGUCCAAACGGUCAUGGAGGAGGUGUUACUGUGGCUGGUGCCGUCAGUACAAGCUCUAAUAUUGGGGGUGGAGGUCAGAUUGGCGGUGCUGGAACCCCAGAGACAAGUUCAGAUGAUGAUAACUCAAUAAAACGCAACGGAAAAUCUAAGAAUAAACAGAGUGAAUAUGAAGAGAAAAUUCGUGUUGGUCGUGAUUACCAAGCUGUAUGCCCGCCUUUAAUACCUGAAAAUGAACGUAAACCCGAUGGUUUAAAUGACCGGGCACUUCUUGUGUGGUCGCCUACUCGAGAGAUACCUGACGCUAAGCUUGAAGAAUAUAUAUCAGUGGCUAAAGAGAAAUAUGGUUAUAAUGGAGAACAGGCAUUAGGUAUGCUGUUCUGGCACAAGCAUGAUCUAGAACGAGCCGUAAUGGAUUUAUCUAAUUUUACACCUUUUCCUGAUGAAUGGACUAUAGAGGAUAAAGUGUUAUUCGAACAAGCAUUCCAGUUUCAUGGAAAGAGUUUUCAUCGGAUCCGGCAAAUGUUGCCUGAUAAAUCGAUAGCCAGCUUGGUGAAAUACUACUACUCGUGGAAGAAAACACGCCACAGACAAAGUGUAAUGGAUCGUCAGGAGAAAGUGAAAGCAUCUAAAGAAGGUUCAGAGAAUGGAAGUGAAAAUGGUAGCAAUGAAGAAUCUGAUACAGAUGACAAGGAUCAAGCAUUGGCCUCGGCUUCUGGUUCGCAAGAUCAAAUUAAAGUAGUCGGUGUUAGCAAUUCUGCCGAAUUACCGAAUAAAUCAAAUAAAUCAAGUGAAAACGGUACUGCUGUGGGUUGCGGCAUUGGGAGUAGCGAAGCCGAAAGUGAGAACACAACGGCUUCUGCUUCAUUGAAUAUCGCCACACAGCGUGACAGUGGUCUUGUUACCAAUGUCGGUAUUUUACCUAUAGUUAUUAAACAUCAACGCCAACAGACACCGCCUAACACGGCGAAUACUGAUUCAUCUUGUUCAAAUGCGGACUCGGCCAGUUUGGGCGGUUGUUGCACCAAUUGUGGAGUCCCAUGUAGUGUACUUAAUGCCUCGCCGCACGGUAAACUAUGCUCGAGUUGCCACCACCAUUGGAGACGCACUGGCAAUAAACGUCCCACUUCUGGUCCAUAUUUUGGCAAACGGUCAAGAGAUCGCAAUUCUGAGAGAAAUAAACGAAAACCACCUCGCGGCAUGUACAUCAAUCACGAUGAUAUUGUGACGUUGGCGAGAGCUAAUGACAAUCAAGACGAACUGCUCGCCAAUACAGACAGGGAAAUUGUUUCGUUAUUGAGUCAAGUCCAACUAAACAAACAAAAUAUUUCUGCCCUAAAGCGAAAGAACUCCGAAGGAUUAGAUGAUGUGCGUCCAGUUGAAAAUACUAAUCGAAUCAAUUCUCGCUGGUCAAAUGAUGAAGCUUUGCUUGUUGUGCAAGGUGUAAGAAGAUAUGGCAAGGAUUUCCAAGCAAUCGCAGAAACGAUUGGCACGAAGACUGAGGCACACGUACGUACUUUUUUUGUAAGCAAUCGUCGACGAUAUAAUCUAGAUCAGGAACUAAAAAAGUAUGAGACAGAGAAGGGCGAAACAUUAGCAGCUGCUUCGGCCUCUACAGGUACAUCUGACAUCACCGCCACAAACCACAAAAGAGAGGACUUAAAGAAAAAAGAUACUUCGGCCGCAGCAGCUACUGCCGGUACAGGGGUCAGUGGCGCCAUGUCUAAUGUCGCUGAUGAGUCAGAUAAUACAGCUUCAAGUGAAACAACUGGUAUAAAAUUCAGUAGCGACGACGCUAAGUUAAAUAGUGGUAAUACAAAUUUACAAAAAGAUAAUGUUGUAAUGGAGAUUGACUUGGAUGCUGAGCAAACUGACAUAGAAGCACCACCGCCCAAGAAGUUUGCUCUUAAUGUAGGGGGACAAGAAAUGCCAAAAGCUAGUGCAAACUAAAUAAUAAGUAAUUCGUCAUCUUCAAUAAUUCGGAAGAUCUUGUCUACCUGUUUAUUCUUAACGCAAGCGGGUGUUUGAUACGCCUUAUGUUUUAUGCAUACAUACAUAUACUUAUAUAUUAUAUAUAGAUAUAACAAUAAUUUAUUCACAGAUUGAUGAUACCUCCUGUUAUACUCGAAGACUAUAGCAGGGAGUAUUGAGGUUUCGGUAUCAAUCGAAUCAAAACUUGAACUCCCUUAAAAUAUGGAGUUAAACUAUGUAAUAUGCUUGCUUACUUUAUAAAUAGCUUUAGUGCACUAAACAACAAAAUAAAAAUAUGAAACGUUAAUUACUUCCUAAAUAGAUAGGCGUCGAUAAUAAUA